AGAGCUGUGAGUGAAAGUGGGAGGGGAGAGAAGUACACAGUGCAGGGGAGAAAGCGCUCACCUCUCUGGCACAUAGCAGCGGAGCUCAACUGCAAUUGCUAUCAGGGGACAUGUAUCAUUUCUUACUCCCCAGCUGUGGUGGACACUUUGCCUUCCCGAGUGGAAUAUACUAACAGUGCAAGUGCUACUGGGGUUGAGACUGUUCCAUUUCAACGUAAAGAUGAAACACCAAUUUAGCCUCCUUUCUCUGUGCGUUCUUCUGUGUGUUGGCAUCAUUGGGAGCAACAAGGUCACGCCCCGGCUGAAAUUGUCCUAUCAGGAUCUGAUGUCUCUGCAUGGACUCAGGACAUUCACACUAGAGCGUUCUUGCUGUUAUGAUGCUCUCUUGCUGGAUGAGGAGCGUGGCCGUCUCUUUGCAGGGGGGAAAAAUUACCUGAUGUCUCUCAGCCUGGAUAACAUUAGCAAACAGGAGCUGGCAAUUAACUGGCCGGCACCAGUGGAAUGGAGAGAGGAGUGUAACUGGGCUGGAAAGGAUAUCAAUACAGACUGUAUGAACUACGUGAAAAUCCUGCAGCCCUACAACAGGACUCAUUUGUUCACCUGUGGGACUGGAGCUUUCCAUCCAACUUGUGGAUUCGUCCAUGUUGGGCAGCGAACAGAUGACACAAUAUUUAAAAUGGAUCUGAGAAGGAUGGAUGAUGGAAAGGGGCGCUGUCCUUAUGACCCCAAACAUACAGCAGCUGCCGUACUAGUAGGAGAUGAAUUAUAUGCUGGAGUUGCAACAGACCUUAUGGGCCGUGAUUUCACGAUAUUUCGCAGUCUGGGUAGACGUCCUCCCUUGCGCACGGAGCAGCAUGAUUCCCGGUGGCUAAAUGAACCCAAGUUUGUGAAAGUUUUCUGGAUUCCUGAGAGUGAAAAUCCAGAUGACGAUAAAAUCUACUUCUUCUUCAAGGAGACGCCAGUGGAGGGAGUUGGUGGAGUGAAGCAAUCGUACGCUCGCAUUGGGCAAAUCUGCAGGAAUGACUUGGGAGGUCAGCGGAGCCUGGUGAACAAAUGGACAACCUUCCUGAAGGCCCGGCUUGUGUGUAGUGUACCUGGGAAUGAAAUAGGAGGGGACACACAUUUUGAUGAGCUCCGGGAUGUCUUUCUUUUACAAACCCGGGACAGAAGAAACCCACUCAUUUACGCUUUGUUUUCCACAUCCAGCUCUGUCUUCCAUGGCUCUGCUAUAUGUGUCUACAACAUGAAUGAUGUGCGUAGAGCUUUCCUGGGACCCUUUGCUCAUAAGGAAGGACCUAACUAUCAGUGGGUCUCAUACCAGGGCAGGGUGCCAUAUCCUCGUCCUGGGAUGUGUCCCAGUAAGACAUUUGGAAGCUUUGAGUCCACAAAGAGUUUCCCAGAUGAUGUCCUUCAGUUUGCUCGGAAUCACCCACUCAUGUUUAACCCUGUGGUGCCGGGGUCGGGCAGGCCUGUCUUCCUGCGCAGUCAUGGAGACCUCAUUUUCACGCAGCUCGCUGUGGACCGAGUUGUUGCUGCAGAUGGAGAGUAUGAUGUCAUGUUUAUUGGAACAGAUGUUGGUUCCGUUUUGAAAGUGAUAUCAGUGCCCAAGCAAAGCUGGAAUCACAUGGAACAGGUUGUACUGGAGGAGCUACAGGUCUUCAAGAAUGCAUCUCCUAUAACUGCCAUGCAGAUCUCCUCCAAGCGGCAACAGCUAUAUGUAGGAUCCGCAAGUGGGAUCUCCCAACUGCCCCUGCACCGCUGUGGGAUCUAUGGCAAGGCAUGUGCAGAGUGUUGCUUGGCCAGGGAUCCCUAUUGUGGUUGGGAUGGUGCCAGCUGUACACGAUACCUGCCAAACACUAAGAGGAGAUCUCGUCGCCAAGAUGUGAGGAAUGGAGACCCCAAAACCUUAUGUUCAGGAGAGCAGCAGAGAUUCAGCGUGCAGGAGAAACGUCUAUUUGGGGUUGAAGGGAGCAGCAUAUUCCUUGAGUGUCUUCCCAAAUCGCUGCGUGCUCAAGUCACUUGGACAUAUCAGAAGGUACCAGACUCUUCAAGAACAGAGGUUCAGUUUGAUGAGCGUGUGCUGCAGACAGACCGCGGUAUCGUGGUACGCAACGUAAUGCGGCGUGAUGCAGGCACAUUCAUAUGUUACUCCUCAGAACAUGGAUUUACACAGACCCUUCUCCGUCUGCAUGUAGAGGUUAUCCCUUCCUCCAGGACUGAAGAAUAUUUAGGGCACCAGCGUGUUCCCCACAAUCGAUGGUACCAAGAUUUCAUGAAGCUUGUACAGCAGCCAGGCUCUGUAGAGCAAAUGUGUGAGGAGAUAUGGACCCGAAAGGGCCGAACCUUGCACCCACCAGGACCUCAGGGGGCCCCUCAUAUUCCAGGUUCCCAAGGACAAAGUCUUCCAGCUGUGCCACUCCUCAAUAUUAAAACCAAAGCUCAAAAGUGGAAGCACUUAGAGGAUAAGAGGAAGGUCCGGAGUCGCCGGACGCAUGAGCAGCCCACUCGGGCAGAACGUGGUCCCAGAAGUGCCCCAAGCUAGGACCUAAAGGAGAAAUAGACCUUCUGUGUGGUAAAGAGAGGGAGGGGGUUUUAAAGGACUGACAUUUGAGUGGUACUGAUGCACCCAUUAAUUUAAACUCUAGUUGAGAACUUGUGAACAGAACAAUGUGUUUGCAGAGUAUUGCUCUUCAACCUCUGCCAAAAUGGACAGUGACCUUCUUUUUCACUUACCAACUAGGAUGACAGCUAAUAAGCCUCUCUCCCUCGCACAAUAUUCUGAACUCCUUUUUAUAUUUAUACACGCCCCUGUCUUAAAGGGGUAACACUUCCUUUUUUUUUGUAAACAGCACACAGGGUAUAAAGGGCAGGUGUUGCCAGGCUCUCCCUGCUUCUAUAUGGACUUCAGCUCUGGCAUUUGUAAGCGUUGAUGGUAUGUGAAAAGCUGGGGAUUUCCUUCAUUCAGAUUAAUACCCGGAACCUGAUGAAAUCAGCAAAAAAAAUCCCAAUAUCCAGAAUGUACAAAAGCAAAUAACUGCAGUUGCACUUCUUUUAUUCUGCUACAGCCCUGCCAGCAUUAUUCAUGUGUUCUGUGCACAUUCUUUCCUGGUGUGCUUUUUCAUUUUAAAAGGCUUAAAAGUAAUGACGGCACCUAGCAAAGCAGUGCCAUUCUAUAGCCUUUAAGGAGUGCAGCAUUGCUGUCAAUGAGUAUGUGGAUGAGAAUAUGCCUGGCAUCACUUCCAGGCUUUAAACAAACAGUAUUUAGAAAAAAAACAACAAUGUAUAAAGGGACAAAAUGUGCUGAAAACUCAUGGAUAGCAUUAACAGAGAUGUGUCAGUAUCACUUAAAGAGAUAUUUCUUAUACGUCUAUGAGUAUAAGGCUAAUCACAAAGCUCACAGGUCUGUGACUAUGUCUGUAAAGUGCUAUAGAUACAGAUUUAAAGAAUGAUGUAGACUCCAGUGAUAUUCAAGAUUCAUGCGCCAAUGAGUCCAUGUCAUACAAAGAAACACAGAGAGAUCUUGGGCAUGCUGGGGCCAUAUCAGAUGGGAUGGCCACAUCUCUAGUUGGACAGUCCUGCUAUAGACUGUAAAUCUGUUACUAUAUACACAAAGCCUAAUAUUCUGGUGAAGGUUCUACCAAGGCUACAUUUUUUUGUAUUAGGUUAAUUCAAAUAAUAAUGCAACAGUUCAGCUUCCUGUUAUGUAUUGACUGCAUGACAGGAAUGCCUAUUGAAUGCCAGAAGUCUUAUGUCCCAACAGCAAUUGUUUCCUGAGCUUAGCAUUACUACUGUUGAUGGAAUGCCCAGGAUGUAUAAAUGCAAACUUCCAUACAGUGAUAGGCCCAGUCAGUCCGGGCAUCGUGUCGCUUGAGAGCGGGCAGUACUGGAACACAUUAAUGAAAGGGUAUCCCAAUGUACUGUAUAAUUAUUACUCACUAACCCUUCUGCCAGCUCGCUCAAGCAUGGAAAAACUGAAACACUUUCAUACAGAAUGUUCUUGCUCUUUCACUGCCAUUUCUCGGAAGCCUCCUGUUAACCAUAAGGGGAUUAAACUGAGCAUGUUCACUGCCACAAGCUAUACAGGUUUAUUCAUAUUUUUUUUGGGCUGUCUGUUAACCCCAUCAGCAACCAGAAGCGCAACGCCAAUGCUGGAGCGGUCAGCGAGACUAACAAUCUUUAACAAAGGUGCCAAUGAAUUAACUACCUUGUGCCCACAGAGAGAAUGUAUCGCUUAGUGUAAAUAUUAUUAGAAUGUAAAUGAACUUUCUGCUGCUAGAGAUUCCUGUGACUGACCAGACCAUCUUCUGCUUGACCUUGGCACACAGGGGGACAUUAAUGAUGAACAGACUGGUAUGGGACAAAACUGGAUAGAGUAAAUAACCUUAUUAAGUUAACAAUAAAGGCAAUUAUUUA